UAAUCGAGUAGUCAAAUUUAGUGAUUAAUGUCUUGAAAGAGAAUUAGUCUAAGUUGUGUUCAUGUUCAAGAACGGUUCGUAAUUGUUGAAUUCCUUGUCCCAUGUUUCCAUUGUUUAUUGAUCUCUGAAAUACCCUAAUGCCUAAUGUCUUUAAAUCUUGAAACUUAAAUCGUUUAAUUUAAUUGCAUUUUUAUUUUACAAUUCGGAAAACUCAAACAAAACAACUUUUUAGUUUUAGCUAAGAACAAGUCUCGAAAAUCCUUAGAGUAUCUUUGGUCCUUGUGGAUCGAUCCCGUAUAUACUACCUUGCGGUUAAGUGUAUCGGGUAAUUACUCGAGCAAUCAUUACGCUUUCUUGAUGUGAACUCAAAACUUGCUUCAUUAAGAACCUUCUAAUGACACACAGAAGGCUCUUCAUCAAUUUUUAAGUUGCAUUUUCAAUAAUUGUAUGACCGAAAUAAAUAAAUUGAAACACUAAACGCCAUUAGCUCUAAAGUAAUUUUAUAAAUGGGCUUUAAUAGAAUCCCAUUAAGCUAGGUCAAUAAACGAGAAAAAAUAUUAAAUUUCCCAACCACUCCACGUUGAGAAAACGAUUGAUCUCCACUUGGGAUAAACAAUCAUUGUAGGAUUUAGUUUUGAAUCAUGAAGGUUCUGUGAUCAAGAUUAUUGUGUUAUUUUAAUGCUAGUCUUGGAUCAAGAUUGCAAUCUUGCUUAUCACGAUGGGGAAACUCGAGCAUUUCUCCCAUUCAUGCCCUUUAACCUCGCCGGAGGUUGUAUCUGAAGGUAUCUGCAACAUUUGCUUCGAAGACCAAGUUGUUGAAUACGCAUGUAAGCCUUGCAAUUUUGAUAUAUGUAAGACUUGCUCCAAGCUGCCGCAAAAGGUGUCACAUGAUUUUCACUCAGAACAUCCUCUAGAGUUUUGUCUAUUCCAAUAUGAUCGAAAACCUGGUUACAUUGUCUGCUCUUGUUGUGGGAACAUGUCUUCUUGCUCAUUCUAUGAAUGUAAAGAAUGUGAGAUCUAUCUUGAUCUCGGUUGUGCACUACUGAGGAACAUUUUCACAGGUUGGGACGUUAGAGAAAUGCUUCAUUACAAUCAUGAACAUUUGCUUCGAAGGUGUAGACCAGGACAAGAUGCUAGAGGCUCUUGCCUGCUUUGUGAGCUCCCUCUGUCUCCCUCUUCUAUAUGUUACGGUUGUGUUUACUGUUACUCGUUUCUCCACGAGCGCUGUCUCGAUCUUCCGACAGAGAUUCGACAUCCCGUGCAUCUGGUACACCCUCUCAGACGCCUUGAUUACAUACAAAGUGGUGGUCGAACAUUUUGUGGUGCAUGUAGGGAGGAGAUUGACAGUGUCCCCUUUUACGCCAUGAGAGGUAAACGUUUUCUUGGAAUGUUAGGGCCGAAAGUCGUUGGAACUUGGAGAGGACGUUGUUUGGGAGGCAAGCAUGGGAUGGUUCAAGUUACGUUCCCGAGAUCAUAUCAAAAAGUUUGUAUUAUAUGUCAUGAGAGAGUGCUUGGGAAAGCUGUGUCAUGUAUGGAGUGUGAAACAGUUUAUCAUCUUCGGUGUAUUGACCGACAUCGUAUCAAAGACCGUGAUUCUUCGUAGUUCGGUUGCGCCUCCUCUGAAACAAAGUGCUGCAACUUCUUGUUAAUCUGAUUGUUAUACCUCUAAUUUCUCUCGGUUAGUGAAUCAUGCUUGUAAUAUGUUUA